CAUGUUGAUAAGAGUAUUAAAUACUUGACAAAUCUCCCUUUAAGGUGCAUUUUGAACAGAUAGAUAACAGAAAAUGUGUGACUUAUUUGCAUUAAUCGUGAUUAACUAUGGACGAUCAUGUGAUUAAUUAAUUAAAUUAAAUAUUUUAAUCGACUGACAGCCCUAGUGUUCUAUUAUAUUAGUACUACUUACAAUUGGUUUCCCAUAAGCUCGAAGAAUGAUUUUCUGGCAUAUAUCCAAGCUUAUUAUAUGAAACCGAAGUUGUUCAGUAACAACAAGGGCAUUGUCUAAUCAGUUUAGUGUCAGAGCUUUUAAUGAUGCGAUACCUUCCACGUUUCUGCAUUUUAGACAGGUGAAGUCCCAUUCCUCUGCCAACCAUAUGCCAAUGUACUGGGCGGAGGUUUUUAUACUUACCGUAAAUUGAUAUCCAACUAGUUCCUCUUCCUGGAGAAACAGGUUAUAACCUCCAUCACCUGUAUAAGAAGGCAACCUUCAAGGCUGUCAGACAGAUCUUUCAGCUGCCCUUCAGAGGUGUUCAUCCCACGCAAGAACAGCCAGGUAGGUCUGAGGAAAUGACUGCGUACCAUGAGCUUAAUGUUAUUCCACCUGACCAUUUACAUGUGUUGUUUGUGAUUUCAGAUGACAGUUUCCCAGAUGCGUCUUUUUGUUAAUAUUUAAUUAAUAUAUCUGUCUGAGCAGGUGGUCACACUGCAGAUAUGGACAUUUUGGGCGCAGUUUGUGAUGUUGCGGGUACAGGAUUAUCAGCUGGAUCAGCAAUUGCUAAAGCUGUACCGUCAAAACGCCAGUGCUCCGUCGAGCUCACCAAUGAGAGCUCUAACUACGCUCUUUGUAACCCCAGAAUGUUCCUCGACAGUGGACGCUGCACCAUCCCUCUGCCCCCAAGCAUUCGACCGUCCGCAUCUGGACAGGCGUUGUUUGCCAAGAAACCAAGCUUAGCACAAGGAUCUGUCGGCAUCUUCACCUAUGAUCUCCUCGAUGUCUCUACAAAAAAGUCCUCUCAGAAAAUAGCUGUGCUGUUCAAGGUGCCGUAUGACCUUAACCUGAAUUCAAACGUGUACGCAGUGGGCAUCUUUGACAUCAGCAAAGAGUGUAAUCGUGAUCUUUACCGUGAGAUGACCAAAAAGACAGACACGACAUUUGUCAGAGGCAAAGCAAAAGGCCCCAUUCUGACCCAUAAAAGUGAAACUGUUACCAUCAUGGCCACAAUGUCUGACUGCAACACACCUGUCCUGAAGGUGCAGGUGAGCGACGAUUGAGAAAAACUUUUUUGUUCCCAACAAUGAUACGGCUUUGUUUUUAUAGAUUUUGUGGGUGAUGUUGUGUUAAUAGUCUGAAAUAAUGCAAUAAGUUGCAUCACAGUUCAUAAGCUUUAGAGAGAGAUUCUUCAUGUAUUUAUGCUCAUCUAUAAUCAUAUAUUACUGUGUUAUCCAUUUCUUCUGUCGUAAUCUAUAGUAUUACGUUUCCUGUUAUGUGUGAAGCUGUAUUGCUCAGAUAAAUAUCAACAAUACGGUGCUAGUGGAGAGUUAGCGAGGAAAAUGUCAGCUAUUUGGCAAUAUUGCACAGUGGAAAAUCCAACGAGUAAAAUGUCGACAUGUACACAGUAAUUUAAGUAAUAAGUAAAUUAGCACACAGGCUGUCCACUGAGGAGACAGCUGAGAGAAUACAGAAUUGUUAUUUAUCCCUAGCCUCAUUUAUUUAUGUUUUUUGUAACUG